AUGGAGAUUAUUGCCACGACCAUUGCUGAAAAAGUUGCAGAACCGAUAGUAAACUACACUGUGGCACCUAUUGCAAGGCAAGUGGGUUAUUUGAUUUUCUACAAAGACAAUGUCGAUAAUCUCAAGAAUCAAGUUGAGGAGCUGAAGAGAGUAAAGGACACUAUCAGUCAUGAAAUGGAAACAGAAAGAAGAAAUGGACGACAAAUUUAUGAUGCCGCACAGAACUGGCUGAACAGAGUGGAUGAAAUUGUAGAAGCAGCAGAGCAACUUUGUGGCGAUCGUCGUCAUAGGAAUGUCAGUUGCUGUAAGGGCCCAUUUCCUGAUUUAAAGUCGCGCCAUCAACUCAGUAGAAAAUCAAAGAAAAUGGUUGGAGAUGUUGAUAGAGUAAUGCAAGGAAAAGAUAACAUUGGUCCACUUGCAUUUUUGCCUGGUCUAGAGGGAGCAGGCUCCACUUAUGCUACAGGUAGUGAAAUGCUUCAGUCAAGAAAGAAAAUGAAGGAGGAUAUUGUCUUGGCUCUAAGAGACCCCAACUUAAGCCGAAUAGGAGUCUAUGGGCUUGGCGGAGUGGGAAAAACCACUCUAGUUAAAGAAAUUGCCAAACAAGUUAAAGAUGACGAGUUGUUUGAUGAAGUUGUUAUGGCUAAUAUAUCCCAAGCUGCCGAUCUUGAAAGAAGUCAAUGUGAAAUUGCAGAUCUUUUGGGUCUUCGCUUUGAAGAGACGACCAUAGUUGGAAAAGCAUUUCGCCUCAGGCAGAGGAUUGAAAAUGAGAGAAGUAUCCUAGUCAUAUUGGAUGAUCUUUGGGAUGUGCUUGAGUUAGAUAACCUUGGAAUUCCUCUAAAUGAUCAGAAGGGUAGCAAGCUAUUGUUGACUUCUAGAUAUCUAGAUAUAUUACAAAAAAUGAAGACUCAAAAAGAUUUCUUGAUGGAGGUUUUAAAUGAACAAGAAUCUUGGAGGUUGUUUGAAGACAUAGCGGGUGAUGGUGUUAGGGAUGUUAGUUUACGUAAUGUGGCAAUUCAAGUGGCCCAAAAAUGUGGAGGCUUGAUUGUUCUUAUAGUGACAGUAGCAGGAGCAUUAAAAAAUGAUGAUAAUAUUGAAUCUUGGAAAUAUGCCUUAAACCAGCUCAAUAUUGUUGAUAAGGAAGGAAUGAAUGAGAAAAUUUAUUCGGCUUUGGAGUUUAGUUACAAUCAUCUUAAGGGUGAUGAUGUCAAGGCACUUUUCUUGCUUUGUGGAUUACUAGGUACCCAAGUUAAUGUUGCAGACUUGUUGAAAUAUGCUAUGGGUUUGGGAACAUUCAAGCAAACUUAUACUUUAAAAGAUGCAAGAGUUAAAGUUCACAAGUUGAUUGCUUCCCUAAAGGCUGCUUGUCUAUUGCUCGAAAACAACUCCAACAAGGAAGUUAAAAUGCAUGACAUUGUACAUGAAGUAGCAGUCUCAAUCGCUUCAAGAGAUCAACAUGUUUGCAAAAUUCGAAGGGCUGAUGAGCUUUGGCCAUCCAAUGAAUUUCUUCAAAGAUGCAAUCAAAUCAUCUUAAAAGGGUGUCACAUUCCUAAGCUUCCUGACAGGUUAGAAUGUCCUAAUGUUAAACUUUUCCACUUGUCUAAUAAGAACGACUCUUUAAGUGUCCCAGAUUAUUUCUUUGAUGGAAUGAAAAAACUCAGAGUAUUAGAUCUGAGCCGCAUGCACUUACCAUCAUUGCCCCCAUCUUUUUGUUCCCUUACUGACCUUCAAACACUUUGUUUGGAUCAAUGUGCUUUGGGAGACUUGACCAAUAUCGGAGCUUUAACGAAUUUGCAAAUUCUUAGCUUUUAUGGAUCUUCUAUGAUAACAUGGCCUAGUGAACUAGGGGAAUUAACUCAUCUUAGAAUGUUGGAUUUGACUUAUUCUGGAAUUGAAAUCUUCCCUUCCAACAUUAUAUCAAAAUUGACCAAAUUGGAGGAGUUGUAUUUAUGCGAUACCUCCCUUAGGUGGGACCAAGAAGAUUCAAUUGAGGAAAACAAAAACGCUUCCCUUUCUGAACUUAGAGACUUUGACAAACUUGAUUGCUCUAGAAAUUCAAAUAAAAGGAGCUUGGGUUUUGCCAAGGGACAUAGUAUUUGA